CUGCUGGCGAGCAGAGUGCAUGGCUUCCCCAACCCCGCGGGCAAAGAUAAAGCUAUACACAACAGGCAAUUAAGUGUAGAAAGACCUUUGGAGGAACAGAUUGCUGAAGCUGAGGCAGACAAGAAUAGGAAAAUAGCUCCCACAGAAAAUAAGCCAGAGUUCAGGAAUUAUUCCUUUGUUGAUGACCUGAACCUGCUCAAAUCAGUAGCAGAAAGAGAGAGGAAUGAAAAGGAGAGGGAGUCAAUUAGAAGCUCUUUGUAUGAACAGCAACUGGCCAUUGAUGAUGCAGACUCCACCAAGAACCGCAGGCUUGUGGAUGACUAUGACUCCACUAAAAGUGGGCUGGAUUAUAAAUUCCAAGAUGAUCCAGAUGGCCUCCAUCAAUUAGAUGGCACUCCUCUGACUGCUGAAGACAUUGUUCAAAAAAUUGCCGCAAGAAUUUAUGAGGAAAAUGAUAGAGGAGUGUUUGACAAGAUUGUUUCAAAACUUCUAAAUCUGGGACUAAUCACAGAGAGUCAGGCCUAUACUCUGGAAGAUGAAGUGGCAGAGGUUUUACAGCAGCUAAUUGCAAAUGAAGCAAAGGAUCGUGAGAAGGAGUCUGAAGAUUUUGAUUACCCUGCAAGCAGAGCAGACAGUGAUGCAAAGGAAAAGCAACAGGAAAGAAUGACACCAAGCAAAUCUGAUCAGGAUAGAUUCAUUAAUGGAGAAAUUGAUGAUACACUGGAUAACACGUGGUCAUCAUCUAAUGUCUUGGAAAGAAGAAACGAGCUGCCUUCUGAAGAUAAUUUUGAAGACCUCCAAUAUUUUCCGAAUUUUUAUGCACUAUUAAAAAGUCUUAACUCAGAGACAGAGGCAAAAGAGAAAGAGACCUUGAUAACUAUCAUGAAAACCCUGAUUGAUUUUGUGAAGAUGAUGGUUAAAUAUGGAACAAUCACACCAGAAGAAGGAGUUUCCUAUCUGGAAAACCUAGAUACAAUGAUAGCUGAGCAAACAAAGAAGAAGCUUGAGAACCCCUCCACUAAAACCAGAGCAAAGCUACCAGCAGACAAGAGUAGUGAAGAAGCAGACAGCACAAAGGAAGAAGCAGCUAAAAUGGAAAAGGAAUAUGAAGUUUCAAAGGAUUCUACAAAAAAUGAAGGACAAAAUGCAGCAGGAAACAGUGAAGAGUCUGGAGGUAAAUCUAAGGCAUAUUUGGAAGCAAUCAGGAAGAACAUAGAAUGGCUGAAAAAACACAAUAAACAAGGUAACAAAGAAGACUAUGAUCUUUCAAAGCUGAGAGAUUUCAUUGAUCAGCAAGCUGAUGCUUAUGUGGACAAGGGCAUCCUGGACAAGGAAGAGGCUGAUGUAAUUAAACGCAUCUAUGGCAGCCUGUAAAAAGCUGUUGGCUGCCAACCAUGUAGAAAACUAGUAUAGUUUCCCUCACUCCUGGCUCAAUGACUUAUGAUUUGUUAAUCUGAGGAUAUUAGAAAUGCUCUGUUUACAUUGUACUGACAACUUUCUAGCCAGAAAUGAAGAGCUGUAGUGCUCUGUUCACUUUCUGCUUACUGUAUUUUCCUACAUUCACAAAUCAAGGCCAAAUUCUGACACUGAAUUUCUAUUUGAUAGGGUAAAUAUUUCUGUCAUGUUCUCUUUGAUUUAUUAUUUGUAUUUGGUUUACUUUUGUAGAUAAACCAAUCGUUUCUGAUGGAAAAUUCUUUCAAUGCCACAUCUUUUUGCUCUCACUCCAGUAGCUUUCUAUAGAUGCAACUAUGUAAAGGGCAUUAUUAGAAAAUAGUUCAUAGUUCUCUAAAUAAAACAUUUGAAAAUAA